CAUCCCUACAAAUAUAUCCCUUCCCUCUAAAGGAGGGGAACCACUGCUUGAAGCAAAGGGUAAAGUUUUCCAGGUUGAAGCUGUCGCAAACGCUAUGGACCCAUCGAAUCAAACCCCGCCUUCCCCGCCGGUCGCGCAUCCUCCGCCGCAGGCGCCGCCGCCGCCGCCGCAGCAGCAGCCGCAGCAGCAGCCACACCAGCAGCCGCAGCGGCAGCCGCAGCGCCCUCCUCCCGAUCAAGGCUCAGGCUUUCUCACCGUCCUCUUGUCCUUCGUCGCCAUCGCGCUCUUUAUCCUUAUUCCAUCCUCGUCAAGCUUCAAAAACAGCUUUAGUAUUCUUCAUCAAGUGCCAGAAGGCCAUGUUGGUGUAUAUUGGAGAGGUGGUGCGCUACUUAAAACGAUUACAGAUCCAGGCUUUCAUCUAAAGAUGCCCUUCGUAACUCACUAUGAGCCUGUUCAAGUGACCCUCCAGACAGAUCAGGUGAGGGAUAUUCCAUGUGGCACUAAAGGAGGUGUUAUGAUAAAUUUCGAGAAAAUAGAGGUUGUUAAUCGCCUCCGCAAGGAUUAUGUGUAUGAGACACUGCUCAAUUACGGAGUGCAAUAUGACAACACUUGGAUUUAUGACAAAAUCCAUCAUGAAAUCAAUCAGUUCUGCAGUUCUCAUUCCCUGCAGCAAGUUUACAUUGAUGUGUUUGAUCAGAUCGAUGAAAAGAUGAAAGAUGCUCUUCAAGGUGAUUGCACUAGAUAUGCCCCAGGCAUUGAAAUAAUUAGUGUCCGUGUAACUAAGCCUGCUAUUCCAGAAAGUAUAAGGCGCAAUUUUGAGCAGAUGGAAGAGGAGCGUACAAAGGUCUUAAUUGCUAUUGAGAAACAAAAGGUUGCUGAGAAAGAAGCAGACACAAUGAAGAAGAUGGCUAUAAGUGAAGCUGAAAAGAAUGCCAAUGUUAGCAAGAUAGUCAUGGAACAAAAGUUAAUGGAGAAAGACAGUGCCAGAAGGCAGCAGGAAAUAGAGAACCAAAUGUACCUGGCUCGUGAGAAGAGUCUGGCAGAUGCCGAUUUCUAUCGUCUAUUGAGGGAAGCCGAAGCAAACAAGUUGAAGCUCACACCUCAGUUUCUUGAGCUGAAAUUCAUAGAGGCAAUUGCUGGUAACACCAAGAUUUUCUUUGGGGACAAGGUACCGAAUAUGGUUUUGGACCAGAGGUUGCUGGGGAACUUUUUGCAGAAUGUGUCUAAGGAGGUAUCUAGGGUAGCCUCCAGAGAUGGCAUCUCAGACACAUAAGGCCCUGCGAAAACAAGUCCCAACUUUCCGGUGUUCUUUUAGUUUGUUUUUGUGUUGCCUCAGUAAUGUCUUUUGAGUUGUGGGAAAGUGGGAUUACAAGUGUGAGACGUGUGGCACCAACUUCAAAACUGGCACCGGAUAGAAUGGUUGAUAUUUGUACGUUUGUAAUUUC